AUGUCCGCCGCUACUGUCUUCGACUCCACGUUGUUCGGCAACAUCUUCGGUACCGAGGAGGCUCGUCAAGCUUUCUCCGAGAGAUCUUAUGUUGCCAACCUGAUCAAGGCCGAGUGCGCUCUGGCUGAGGCCGAGGAAGCUGAGGGCAUCGUGCCUUCUGGUACGGCUGCUGUUCUCAGAGAGCACUGCGACGUCUCCAAGAUUGACUGGCAGUUGCUUGCCGCCCGCACUGAGAUUGUUGGCUACCCAGUUCUUCCCUUGGUUGAGCAGAUGUCAAAAUGGGUGCCCGAGGAGACCUCCGGAUACAUCCACUGGGGUGCGACGACCCAAGAUAUCAUGGACCUUGCCUCAGUUUUGCAGAUGAAGCAUGGUCUUGAGAUCGUCGAGCGCCUCCUCCGCAAGGUCACCUCCACCCUCGAAAAUAUGUCCGCCGCCUACCGCGACGUGCCGAUGGCCGGCAGAACCCACUUGCAGCACGCCCUCCCCAUCACCUUCGGAUAUAAGUGCGCCGUCUGGCUUGCUGGCUUCCGCCGUCACGUCAAGCGUCUCGAGCAGAUCAAGGAGAGCAGCCUCCUUGUUCAAUUCGGCGGUGCUGCUGGAACUCUCGCUUCUUUGGGUACCUCUGACAGCGGUAUCCGCGUGCGCAAGCGUUUGGCGACCAUUCUUGAGCUCCAGGACCCGGUUAUCACCUGGCACGUCGCGCGCGACACUGUUGCGGAAAUCAUCAACUACCUUGCCCUGGUUGGCGGCAGCUUGGGCAAGAUUGCUCUUGACUUGAUUGUCAUGUCCUCAAAUGAGCUGAACGAGGUUGCAGAGCCCUACGUUCCUCACCGUGGCGCGUCCUCCACCAUGCCUCAGAAGCGCAACCCCAUCUCCAGCGAGGUCAUCCUCGCGCAGUCCAAGAUUCUCCGUGCCCAGGCUGGCCUGGUACUGGACGGCAUGGUCUCCGAUUUUGAGAGAGCAUCUGGCCCUUGGCACUUGGAGUGGGCUGCCAUUCCCACUGCAUUCAUCUCCAUUGUUGGUUCCCUUCACCAGGCUAAGUUCGCUCUUUCUGGCCUGCAAGUCAACAAGGAUGCCAUGUUGGCCAACCUGAAGUCUACGCGUGGUUUGAUCGUCGCUGAAGCUGUGAUGAUGGACCUGGCUAAGUACACUGGUCGCCAAGAGGCACAUGAGAUUGUCUACAAGGCCUGUGUCGAGGCUCAUGAGAACAGUAUUUCCUUGCAAGAGGCUUUGGAGAAGUCAUCACAAGUCACAGCACACCUUGCCUCAACGGAUCUCUCCAAGCUGUGCGAUCCCACCAAGUACUUGGGAUGCUGUCAACUGAUGCUUGACGAGCUCCUGGGACAGAAGACUGUUCAAGUCAAUGGCAAUGGAAACGCCACAAAUGGCACACAUUAG